CAUAGUUCGGGCAUAAAAAGUAUUUGUUCUGAAGUUAUGCAUUGUCAGAUGUUGUUUUGCUGAUAUUGGUUUGGACUUAACUCUGGUUAGCGAAUAAUUUUUUUGUAAAGCAGCAGAUUACGACAGUACAUUUCUCGACGUGAUUUAAUCUUUUUGUACUUGUUUCGUUAAUUUAUAUGUCAUAGUGUAAGGGCGUAAGUACAUCUUUUCAAUAAUUCAAGAACAGAAUCUUAACAGAUAGUACUGCCACUUCCGUAAUAUUAACAGUAUGCAUCUUUUGUUAUUUCUUGCCACUCUUUUGUUAUUUCUUAUUAUAAUUUUAUUAGCAGCCAAACAUGUGUCACAUCUUGUCACCUAUUUUCCUUUUUUUAAUCUUGGUUUUGCCAGUCGAUUAUCUUUUUUAGCCGGUCGUACUAUUCUCAGCAAUUCUGUAUAGCCAGAACAGGGAAGAUCAUUGCAUUCGCUGGAUAUUCAUUUUCCAUUUGGCCCGAUGAAGCACCUCUUGAUUUUAUUAGGAAAGUAACUUUGGCCCGAUUCUCUCCCCGCUCUAUCUUUUCUCUUGUACACGCCUCACCAGUUCUCAUGUAUCCAUACAUCCCCGUCGCAUCACUUCAUACAAACAGAGAGCACAGGUUCUCUCUUGCCCCUAUCAUCCUGUCUGCACUGCUGAUCCUCAUAACUCUGUCUUGCACUCAUCACUCGAAUUCACCCCAUUGUAAUGCGCUCGCUUUACGUAGUAUUGCUCUCGUGCCUUUGUCUCUCCCCAUCUCAUCCGCAUUGUCUUCUUAUCUCGCUCCAGUCAUUGUCCCUUCAUGCGUCAUUGUCGCAAUAUUACGCCAUACAUUGACCGAACUACUAUAUACUUCAUUGACCGAAAGAUUGUCGCAAGGUUUAUUUUGAAGGUGGCGUUUCUGGAAUAUUUGAUUUGUAUUUGCGGCAAUUUUCAACAACUGAAUCGUUAAAUUAAAUUAGCGCGUUAUCUGAAAAUUAUAAAAGCAUUUGUAAAUAUAAGUAGGGUUGCGUCAAUGUGCGUUCAAGUUUUUCAGAACCAGAAGUUUGUAAUGAUUUUCAACUGGUGUACUGACGUCGUGGACAUCGAUAUUACACUUCCUUUCCCAAGACCAUUAUGAACCUCGAUGUCGCAUGUCUGCAUGGACUAAGUGGUCAUUCUUUAACGUCGGAUGGAUCGUCGGACGGAUACAACAAUUAACGUCGUACGUGGAACCGGACGGAUACAGUAACUAUCGUCCUACGUGGAACGCUUCGGAAUUCGGAUCAUAUUUGCCCUAUUUACCUCUUAAUUUAUUACUAAUGUUUUCGAACUAAAUCUACGUUUGUACUCCCAAAAAAAUCUGAUCGUGAUUUCUCUAAUGUUUUUGCAAGCUUUGAAUUUUCUUUUGUAUAUGUUUUUUGUUUAUUGUUCCUGAAAACAUUCUGUUUUCAGUUUGGUAAGAGGGGAGUGUAACGGGGGAUUCCUGUCUCAUGUAUUAGUAUGUACGAGUAUGUGCUUGGUUGUCCCGCCUCUUGUAUUUCCUGUUCCUGUACGAGCGGUUCAGUAUAUAUAGCGAUGUAUUUCCUGCGGUAUCUUCAGUCGUUGGGUUAGCAAUAUUUCGAGCAGUAUCAGCCGGUUCCGUUGCCCGUUAUACUUAAAUUAUUGUAUUUGCGAGAACUUAUCUUGUUAUCGUUCGCUUUAGUUCAGUGCAAGUUAGUUAGAAUAUCAUAUUGAUUUCGUCAUAGCCCUGGCCCCUGGACGUUUCGGCUUAAGUACCAGUGCACCACCAAGCCUCCAUCAUGGAAGCAGCGCAGAGAAAAGUGGAAGAUGCAGUGAACAAGAUGUUGACUGAAGUGGACAGCAGUCACUUGCGAAAAGUUCAGGGUCAGGCGUUUAAAUGUUGUGCUUCAUGCUGCGAUGAUACUCGCAGCUCGAUGGAGGUUCGACAAAACUGCAUUGGCAAGUGCAUGGAACCCGUUGCCAAUAGCCAGGAUAUUUUGGCUGCUGAGUUGUCUAACUUUCAGAGUCGGAUUGAACGCUGCGUAAUGGACUGCCACGACCAAAUGCGGGACAGAGGUGAAGACACUAAAAAGCCCUCUGCAAAAAUGUCCGCCGGUUUCGAUGCGUGUGUGGCAUCGUGUGCGGAAACGCACAUCAAACUUCUCCCAAGCAUAACCAAAAAGAUUCAAGCGCAAUUAGCGAAAUUUUGAACGAUGUGCGCGAGUCGGUAUCCGUCUUUUGUUUGUUGUGGUUCUUAAAAUGUUGGCAAGCGUGAACGCUUUUUAUUCUCUUAAUGGUUGAUUGUGUAUCUUGUACGUACCAUUAUGGUUGUUUGAUUAUAUGGCAGGUUAACUGGACUGCCUUGAGAAGAAAAUAAUAAACCAAACUUCAAGCAAA